CUUCCACACGCAGUUGGAAAUCUAAGUUUCCAAGUGAAUUGCUGCUUGGCUCGAGCACUCGUUCCUUCUCUCCUCCGAGGAAUGAUGAGGUGAUUCGGAGCACCAACAAUGGGACCGAGCUUGCCACGCAGAACCUAAACCUCAAAGCAACCCUGGACCUUCAGAACGUGGAGGAGAAGUAACUCCAAAACGUCUCGCUGUUUCAAGGAUGUUCUUCCCAGAUGUGCCUCUCUCAGCCAUCAAUUACGCGUUCGUGUUGGGAAUAACGUGUCUGACGGUCUUCUGCAACUUCACCAAAAGUUCCUCUGAGUUUUCAGGUUACCUAUCCAAAGUGUUGAGGAACUACACCGAGCAGGCUUGUGACGGCGACUUCCUGUCGGUCCGCUGCCCGCCCCGCACCACCAUCACCGUCCAAUCGGCUUUCUACGGCAGGAAAGGCCCCUCCCACCCCCAGCAGUGCCCGUCCUACCCGAGAUACACCCUUGUAGGGACACACCCACUGGAGGAUGACACAUAUUGUUACAUGUCCACUGCACUACAGAAAAUGUUGGAUGAGUGCCAGGACAGGAGGAUCUGUCAGGUCCUUGUCACCAGUCGUCUCUUCGGGAUGGACCCGUGCCCCAGUAGCAGCAAAUACCUCAUUGUGUGGUACAAAUGCAUGCCUAAUGAGUAUAAGAGUACGGUGGUGUGUGAGGAGGAGAGGAUGAAGCUGAGCUGUAAACAGGGGAUGCAGAUCGCAGUCUACUCUGCCAUGUUUGGUCGAACCCAACAGGGGACCCUGGAGUGUCCUACCCACCACAGGGCACCCUCCGUAGACUGCCAGUCGGGCGUGGCUCUCCAAGUGCUGAUGGCCCGUUGUCAGGGGAAACGGAGCUGUUUGGUCCGGGCGUCCACACGAGAGUUCGGGGACCCCUGUUACUCUGGCACCAGGAAAUAUCUCAGUGUCAUCUACACCUGUGUCCCAAAGAAUUUGCUGCAGCAGGUGCCCAGCCCCAGAGUACCAGUGUUUUACCCCCCACCGCCCCGUGCCCAUGACCCAAACGUGGUUGGAGACAGUGGUCCCCCUGAUGAGACGUCGAUCAUAACCUCUGACACUGUGCUCUCAGUUAUCCCUUCAGGCAAGAAGAAGCGAGGGAGAGAGUCAGGCUCCUACUCUGGGGAGGUAAAGACGAACGAGGAAGGAGUGGAGGAGAGCGCCCCCCAACCUCCGGACAUGAACCCUGUAAUCAACGCUACGACGGGCAGCACCAACAUGGCCCUCAUCAGUAGCGCACUGGCAGCCUACAACUACAUAGCAGACCACCCAGAGCGUGCAGCUCUCUACUUCCUGUGUGGCGUGUGCCUGGGCCUCUUCUUUACCCUCUUUGCUCUGGUCGUCCAGAUCUCAUGCCGCACCGACUGCCAACCCCGCCGUCGCCCCGGCACCAUCACCAAGAAGCGUCCGCGGCCCUCCGGCUCCUCGUCCGACUCCAGAGACUCUGACUCGGACACCACGUCAGACCUGUCGGCCCGCCGCCACCGCCGUUUCGAGCGCACUCUCAACAUGAAUGUGUUCACAUCAGCGGAGGAGCUGGAGCGUGCACAGCGGCUGGAGGAGAGGGAGAGGAUCAUACGAGAGAUCUGGAUGAACGGUCAGCCAGAUAUACCUGGGACACGCAGCCUCAACCGCUACUACUGAGGCAGGACCGUAAAGGAACCUCUACUAGAUCUAGAAAGGGGGGGGGGGCUGUGAAGGUUGGAGCGCAGUACUUGAGAAGGGAUGUGUAGGACCACAAAUGGACCUCUGGGGUUUGGGAAUGGGGCCCCAUGACCUGACGGGGACCUGCGAAGGUUUGGAACCCUCUGUCUGGGUAUCUCCCUCUGUCAGUCUGUCUGUGUCCAUGUGGGUACUCUAGACCAGGGCUGCCCAACCCUCAUCCUGGAGAUCUACUGUCCUGUUGGUUUUCAGUCCAAUCCUCUUCCUGGAGAUCUACUGUCCUGUUGGUUUUCAGUCCAAUCCUCUUCCUGGAGAUCUAUUGUCCUGUUGGUUUUCAGUCCAAUCCUCUUCCUGGAGAUCUAUUGUCCUGUUGGUUUUCAGUCCAAUCCUCUUCCUGGAGAUCUAUUGUCCUGUUGGUUUUCAGUCCAACCUUAAUUUGGCGUAUCUGAUUCAGCUAGUUAAGGUCUUUUUGAGCAGCUUAUUAGUAGAAUCAGGUUUGUUAAAUUAGGGUUGGACUGAAAACCAACAGGACAGUAGAUCACCAGGAUGAGGGUUGGACUGAAAACCCACAGGACGGUAGAUCUCCAGGAAGAGGGUUGGACUGAAAACCCACAGGACGGUAGAUCUCCAGGAAGAGGAUUGGACUGAAAACCCACAGGACAGUAGAUCUCCAGGAUGAGGGUUGGACUGAAAACCCACAGGACAGUAGAUCUCCAGGAUGAGGGUUGGACUGAAAACCCACAGGACGGUAGAUCUCCAGGAAGAGGAUUGGACUGAAAACCCACAGGACAGUAGAUCUCCAGGAUGAGGGUUGGACUGAAAACCUACAGGACGGUAGAUCUCCAGGAUGAGGGUUGGACUGAAAACCAACAGGACAGUAGAUCACCAGGAUGAGGGUUGGUCAGCCCUGGUAUAGAGUAAAGACCUCUGUUUUUGCAGUGAGAAUAAGCUCCUCCUUCUCAGCAUGGUAAGCUCGACCGGAGCCCGCCUGUCAUUGGUGGAGGCUGAAGGUGUAAGGUGUAACUGCACAGCCUCGCAUUUGAACUCCUCACACCCUUCUGAAGUGGAGGAUCUUGGGAUACUUAGGCUGUAGAGCCUGAAAGGUGAUUUAAGGACAGUUGCUAAUGUUACUCCACUGUUGCCUAGUGGAUAUUGAGAAUUGGGCAGCUUGCUUCAUGCUCACUCACCCUCCAGUAUUUAAAUGGGUGAAUGGUUUUCGGAGAGGCAUAGCACUUACAGUGAAAUGUACAGCGUAACACUUAAGAGGGAAAUGACCACGUUCAACCGACGCUGCCUUUUAAACUUUGAACCCAAAAUGUGUUUUUUUGGAAUUCAUCUCAAACCCUUUAUGAAAUGUAUUUUAUAUAAUAUUUAAAAUAGUCUUUUUUGUUAUUGUGUAUUUUUUUUUUACAGUUAUUAUGAAAUAUUUUUAUACUGUGGCGAUUGAAGCUAGUCUGGCACCUCAGGGAUGCAAUCCUAGGUGUAUGUCCAAAAUGGCACCCUAUUUGUUUUAUAGUGCACUACGUCUGGCUAGAGCUCUGGUCAAAGGUAGUGCACUACAUAGGGAAUAUGGUGCCAUUUUGGACAGAGCCCCUAGUGUUUCUGUGUAUGGUCGUUUCUAUUUGCUUCCUAAGAGAGGGGUUCAGGACCUGUAUAUAACAAGUGUUAGAGUAUGAGUGCUGAUCUAGGAUCAGGUUACCCCUCCCCCUGUCCAUGUAAUCUUGUUCAUUAUGAUCUAAAAUAGUAAACUGAUCCUAGACCAGGACUCUUACUCUGAGACUUUAUGAAUUCAGGCCCAGUACAAUGCUCUAGAUGUGUCAGCAUAAAAAUAUAUAAAAAAAUACAAUGUAAACUCAGAGGUCAAGUGAUUUAAUAAGCUUGUUUUUUAUAUGUUAUAAUAUGCACAGUGCAGUGCCUUACCUGGCAACAAGGAUGUAUAUUGGUGGAAAAGAAAACCCCAGUCACCUGAGUCAACCAAUCAUUAUGAAUUUAUGAAACAAUCAAUUCCAAUCAUGUUUAUUUCCAUGUUUCUCAUGUUAUGUUUCUCACUUUGUCAAACUGGCUUGUGUGUGUGUUGUCCACAUUUAAAUGGUGAGGCAGGUCCCAGAUAAUGUUAUGCUGUGUCAUGCCAAUGGCCAUAAGACUUGAUAAGACAGUAAAACAGAUCUAGGAUCAGCUAGGAAAUGGCUAAAAUCGAUGUAAUUUUUUUUCCAAAUACAUUGCACUUGUUAUCAUGUAGGAAUGUAUGUACAGUACAGAACACAAUCUCUUCAAUUGUCUACCAGUGAAAUGGCUUCCAAAUUAUUACUGUGGGCAGCAAGACUAGUGUUGUCCCUCAUGGGACACCAUAGGGCUAUCUGUCAGGUUUAUUGUAAUGACCGUUGUUAAUAUAAUAAUAAGUUAUAUUCAUCCAGUUCUGUUGCACUGGGUUGAACCAUAGGUAUGAUGGUUUAUCAUAAGAAGUUUGGGAUUUUCUUGACUGAGAGGGGAGUUGAGAAUGCAGUGAAUAAUCUGAACUUCUACUGCAAUCAUUUAAAUGGUUUUAUAUUGAAAAAGCUUUUGUGUUUCAAUGGGACAAAACAAUAUGGCAAUAGCUGGUGAGACCAAAAUAUGACUCCUUUGCUUAGAAUAAACUGUGUUGAAAAUAA